AUGACGACCAGCAACUUGCGGAGACGGCGGCUUUCUGGUGAAGACGCAAAGACAGUCAACAAGAACGAUGAACGUGAUGAUGGUGGUGGUGGUGAUGAGACUGCCGACGCCAACAAGAAGGUGUCAUCAUCACAACCUCCAAUAAUAAUGCGACCCAGUAGCGUUGUAUUACACUGGCUGUUGCUACUGUGUCAUGUGAUUGCUGUGGGAAUAUUUGUGUGGGGUUGGAUUCUACGACAAGAGCUGCACACCAGUGUAGAGUGCGACAUGACGUAUUCGCAACGACAACUCAUCCCCAUUCACAUGGAACUCCCAACCAACAACCACACUCAGAAGUACGGUCUCUAUAAAUUCAUUGAUCAACGAGAUCCACGGUCCCAUCACCGGGCCAUGAUGCAACGAUGGCUCAAGACCAUUCGGGUCACGGGAGAAGACGAUUUGGAGUAUCGUGCGACCAAGCUCUAUCAACAAGACAAUCAGGAAUUUUUACAACACAACAAUGCCCAUCACUGUACUCCCAAAAACCUCUACAAUGGACGCAAUGACACGGACACCACUGUAGCAGUCUUGUAUAUUCCAGGCCAUUGGGGCAGCUACAUGCAAUCCAGAUCCAUUGGAGCUCAUGGCAUUCAACUCACUGGUGCUCGCAGUAUGGCGCAACAAUCCCGCGUCUUACAGGCAUUGACACAAAAUACGUGGAAGGGAACGGAUGCCACCGAUUCGUCCCAAUUUGUUUUUGAUGUCUACGCCAUGGAUUUUUCCGAAGAAGGAGCCGCCUUGCAUGCACAAUUUCUAUGGGCACAAACCGCCUUUGUGGCCAAGGCUAUUCAACACAUUGUGGAUACCUGCCAAUUAUCACAAGUGAUCGUCUUGGGGCAUUCCAUUGGUGGCUACGUGUCGCGGCUGGCACCCAUUCUGUAUCCCAACAUUCGACCUUACAUUGCCAAUAUUGUGACGCUUGGGUCUCCUCAUGCUCAUCCUGUCUUUGGCUGGGAAUCAUCCAUUCACCAGCUGCACCAAACAUACUUGGAAAAUAGUAAUAAUGACAACUACCAGGCAGCAUUGGUCGCCAUUUCCGGAGGAUUACGGGAUGAAAUGAUCCCACCCGUGGCAUGUAGAGCAACAACCAAUGCGCUAUCGAUUCUUGCCACACAAGUCAUGAAACCGGCCACCGACAAGGUCCAACCACCAACAUUGGGAAUGGAUCAUAGAGCCAUUGUGUGGUGCCACAAUCUCUUGUCGGUUGUGCGAGAAGUCUUUUACACACUCGUGCAACAACGUGACAAUAAGGAGCCACAGGAACGCAUUGCCGCGGUCCAAGAGUAUUUGGGAUUGCAAACGACGACAAAUGAUAAAGAGGGCUACUCGUUCCAAGAGAGUCUAGAAGAGCAUCAAUCGGUAUUUAUGCAACAUUAUGGAUACGGAGCCACCAUUGCCAUGGAAUCGGCCAUGCUCUAUCAUUUGGAGGUGCUGGUUGGGCUAUUUGUGGUUCUGGGUUGUUUCCAAUGUGCAGGCAUUGGCUGCUUGUAUCUGGGUCAUCCAAACCCCACCAUUCAAUGGAGAAUGCAGGUAGUACCCUUGUUGGCGACAAUCUGCCUAGCUGCCAGGACAAACUAUCAACUACAUUGGCUGUCCCUUGUCGUCUUGACGUUGGUGGCCAACACGGUCCUGUGGGGUCUACAAUGGAUCUUGGCUGUUGCACUUGCACGCCUGCCCCGGACGGCCACACCUUUGAGCAAGACAGCCUCCCGCAUACGAUGGUUCGCACUGGGCAUUUUCUUUCUGCUCUUUGGCUUGCAGUGUGUGGGAAAACUGUUUGCAUGGAAGACCCGACUUUCUAUCGGGCUCCUGUUUGCCGUAUACUUUGCAACCAUGGCUUCCGCCGUCGCCUUUGCGGCAUCGUCACGUCGCACCAAUCCACCCACAUUUGUAUUGCGUGAUGAUGCGCGUCUGGUUGCCUUUGCAGCAACCUUCUUCUUGGCAUGCCCGUGCUUGGUGGCUGGGAAGUUCAUGGCCUUGAUUGCGACAAUCGGCAAUGAGGGAAUUGUGCCUACGGACAUUCCAGAAGAGUAUCUACCCGAUACUGGUCUUGGUGACUUGACCACCAAACUAUUGCUUCCAAUCGUCAUGCGGCUUGGCUGGAUGCACGUGGUGCAAAAGAGACCGGAGAGCAGUGCCACUGAUGAAAAGCGAGUUGUACCACCAUCCUUUCUGGACUUUGCACGGGCCCUCUUGAUGACAUUGGCAAUUUUGAGCUAUGCCCGUUCGUUGUUUCAAAUUGGGCAAGGAUAUCGAGCAGGAGACUUGCUGGUUGCAAUCUGCUGGUUAGAAUGCUUCAUUCACAGCUUAUUUGUCAAACUCAUGGACUAA